AUGGAGAUAGUCUAUGUGUACAACAAGAAGCGCAGCGAGUUUGGCCGACAGUGUAAUUUCUCUGAUCGGCCUGCUGAGCUGUACUCGGACAUCCACCCUGAACCGUCUCUGGCUGCCAACUUCAUUGAGAAAGACCCUUGUGAUAUCGCCAUACAAUGUUCUCAAGAAAUGUCUGAACAUGAGGUAAACACAAAGAGCUUUGAAUCAGAAUCCUGUGGAAUGAACCAUGUGGAGGGGGGUUGGCCCAAAGAUGUCAAUCCCCAAGAGGUGGAACAGACCAUCCGUUUCAGGAAGAAAGUCGAAAAAGAUGAGCACUUUAUCAACACCAUCUUGCAGCUGGGCAGCAUUAUGGAGCACUGCAUCAAACAGAACAAUGCUUUUGACAUUUACCAGGAAUACUAUGAGGGUGAGGAGAUGAUAGAAGAGGUACAGGAAUGGUCUUCAGCCAAGACCAUCAAUGUUUUCAGAGACCCCAAUGAGGUCAAGCGCACUGCUACCUGUCUGUCCUGGCAUCCAGAUGGCAGCCGCAAGCUGGCUGUGGCGUACUCCUGCCUGGAGUUCCAAAAACCCAUGAAAGACAUGAGCUUUGACUCCUACAUAUGGGACAUUGAAAACCCUAAUAAGCCUGAGAUGACUCUGAAGCCUGUGUCACCUCUUGUCUGCCUGGAAUACAAUCCCAAAGAUUCACACAUCCUGGUUGGGGGCAGCUACAAUGGACAAAUUGCCUACUGGGACACUCGUAAAGGCAGCCAGCCAGUGGAAAUGUCCAGAAUAGAGCACAGCCACCGUGACCCUGUCUACAGAAUCAUCUGGUUGCUGUCAAAGACUGGAACCGAUACAUUUUCUGCAUCCACUGAUGGCCAGGUGCUGUGGUGGGACAUACGUAAGAUGAGUGAGCCUACGGAGAGGCUGGUCUUGGACCCCAACAAAGAGGGUAACCUAGAUAAUGCCUUAGGAGCCAUCUCACUCGAAUUUGAGAGUACCAUGCCUACAAAGUUCAUGGUAGGGACAGAACAAGGGCUGGUGGUCUCUUGCAACCGUAAGGCAAAGACCCCAGCAGAAAAGAUUGUAUGUACAUAUAGUGGUCAUCAUGGCCCCAUCUAUGCCCUGCAACGAAACCCCUUCUUCCCCAAAAACUUCCUUACUGUGGGAGACUGGACUGCACGCAUCUGGUCUGAAGACAUAAAAGAGUCCUCCAUUAUGUCGACCAAAUACCAAAUGUUUUACCUGACAGAUGCUUGCUGGAGUCCAGUCAGGCCCUCUGUGUUCUUCACCAUCAAAAUGGACGGAACACUUGACAUGUGGGACUUCCUGUUUAAACAGAAUGACCCCACUCUCAGCCUCAAGGUGUGUGAUGAGGCUCUGUACAGCCUACGAGUGCAGGAUAAUGGGCGUUUCCUGGCAUGUGGGUCCCAGCAAGGCACUGCCACGCUACUGGAGAUCUCUCCAGGGCUAAGCACCCUACAGAGAAAUGAGAAGAGCCUGGUCGCUGCUAUGUUUGAGCGGGAGACCAAACGAGAGAAGAUUCUGGAGGCUCGCCAUCGCGAAAUGCGUCUCAAGGAGCGCAGCCGGUCAGAGCAGAGCAAGGAUGAUGAUAACAUCAAGGAGGGAAAUGGAGAGGAGAACUUGGAAGACCUGAUAGCACGUGUGGAGGCUGAGUUUUUUGAGAUGGUGGACUUCGAGCUCAAGAAAAGGGAGGAGGAGGAGGAGAGGCAGAGGGAGAAAGAAGUCUGUGAAGAGAAGGAGAUAACAAAUGGAUCAGCCGAACAACAUGGUGCCUCAUAUUGAAAAGUCUAUCUAAAAUAUUGUCAAUAAAGAAAG